GUCCCGGUGGUACCUUGCCGCACUGCUAUACCAAACUCUUUUCGGCUAUGUUGAUGGUCGAUGGGAAUGUAAUCAGCCUGACUGAUAACAACUUGGUGGAUUAUUUGACGUCACAUGAGGCAUUCCGAGACUCCCCUGCAUUUCGACAUAAUCUGUCAAAGGCGGAAUUGAUUGGUGCUCAAAUUCACGCUCAUUACAAUGUGGCUAUUGACUGUUGUCGUCAAGCUGCCAAGACCGGCGAGGCUUUUGCUCAAGCACUCACACGCCUUGCCCAUUGCACAAAUGUUGAACUUUUGCCAAAGCACACUUGCUCCCUGUCCGAGAUUCCUUGUCGUUGGUCGGGACUAGGGCAUGAGCCAGCGACGAUUGUUCACCAAGUCGACAACUUACUUCGUAAUGUGGCUGCAUGCACCGAGGAUUUGGCGCUUCGUUUAGGCGAACCAGAGCGCAUUCUCUCGGAAGCACGAACACAAUUGGAUCAACUGUCUGAUUUGCGGAUGAGUUUCCAUCGUGCCGGGGAACAACUAGAGGCCGCUCUCACCCGAUCCGCGAGUUUGCAUACAACCCGCUCUCCCAGCGACCUUGUGCACAGCGACACACAAGUGACGGAGUUGCGUCAAAUCUACCGGAAUGCUGCGACGGCCUACUUGUCUGCACUCCGAUCAGCCAUCAGUUCCACUCCCAUGCUUACUUUCUUUCGCUCAACUGGCAUGUUAGUUGCAGCGGAGCAGAGUUUCAUGGAGCGGUUGCGCAAAUUGUCAGAUGAUCCCUCAGCAUCUCCUUCAUCCACUCCACCAUCCAACUCGUCCGUCUUACUUACCUGCUUGAACAAGUUGGCUAAUUGGGCUGAGACCAAUUGUCGUAUUUCUCGUACACAAGAUCAGUAUACCGAAAUGCCGCAGCUAGAGGGACAGAUGGGGUCAAGUUCAGCUCGUCUCGAAGAUUACUUGUUCAAAAGGUCCACAAAACGUAAAUGGCGAAUAUGGGUAAAACGUUGGUUUCUUAUGAGUGACAAUAAACUCAUUUACUGUAAACGUGUUCCAAAUUUGUCAACUGCUGAACUCUUAUCGGUCACUGAAUCGACGAUGACUACUUUGAAUAACCGGCUAAGUGAAAAAUCAAACAACACACCUACACUUGCCAAUGGCACCGUCUCCAUGGACUAUGAAGUCUCUAAAGCCGUCGAAUGUUCCGAACUUUUCAAUCGCCUUUUAUCCCAGUCAGACCCGGAGUGGAAGGUAAUGGAACCAGAUCUACGGAUUUGCACAGCUCGGGAAGGCAACGCAGCUUUGGAUCGGCGUUUUACUUUCGAACUGAUUUCGCCCGUUAACAGAGUUCAUCUGUUGCAAGCAGAGUCCUACGAUCAGAAAGAGCGUUGGGUCGCGGCCCUUCGAUCAGGACUGCAAAACUUUCAGCAGUACAACAGCUCCAACCGGCUGUAUCCAUCUGAAAGGGAAAAUGGACUGUCGGAUCAGAGACACAGCAGUCCUAGUCGAGCGACAUCUGUCAGUUCAGCAGAUCAAGCUACCAUAAAAACACCGGAGUUCAACCACACACGAAGCCGUGUGACUGGACCUUAUACUCUAUCCCAACAGUCGAUCCCUGAUUACGAUCAAUUACGCAGUCAAGGGGGUAUCAUACUUUGGCGUGAGCCAGACACUGCCAGCAAUAGACUGUGUGCCGAUUGUUCAGCAGAUGGAGCCAGCUGGGCCAGCAUCAAUUUGGGUGUCACUCUUUGUACUCAUUGUGCGGCUGCUCAUCGCAGUCUUGGUGUACACGUGUCCAAGAUCCGUUCACUGACACUGGACAAUUGGGAGCCCGAAUUGCUGCAUUUGAUGCUGAAUCUAGGCAACAAGCUGGUGAAUCGUGUGUACGAAGCGAACACAGCACGGUUGGGCUCGCCGAUUUGCCGUCCGACCACAAAUAGCUCUGGCGAGGAGCGGCGUCGUUGGGCUCGAGCCAAAUGGGCCCAGUGUCAGUUUGUCAAGAAACUCCUGGUUGACUCACCUGGCGGAGCCAAUGAAUUCUCUACCUGGAUCUGUGAUUUGUACCAAUCCUGGUCGGAGAUGCGCGAACGAACACAGGCGACCACCUUGCACCCAGGUUCGUCGAAGUCGACAAAUGUGCCAGCGCGUUUGGAGAAGAGACGCCGAUCUAUCCAGAACCAGUGCGAGCGCAAAAAGCGCCGACAGGCCAUCCUGGCGGAACUGUGCGAAACCAUCGUCCGUCUACAAGAGCAGACCGCCUCCAUCAGCGAUCGUACAUCUCGUCGGUCGACACUUCUGCGCACCGAAGAACAGGAAGUGGCAGCUUCCAGUUUGCUUUGUGUUGGCGCCCGCCUCGGAUGUCCUCCUCUGAUGCUCGCUGGCCUGGCGGCUGGGGCUCAUCCAGAUUCAGUUCAGUAUGCAUCGCGUUUUGGAUCGCGUCAUCAGUGUUAUCCCCCGUUGAUUUGGGCCGUCAGAAGUGGUUCUUUGGCUGCUUGCGAAUUCCUUCUCCUCAACGGCGCUGAUAUCGACGCACAGGAUGAACUCGGUCGCACUGCACUUCAUCACGCCUGUCAAUUGCAGCGCGUCCACCUAGCCUGCUUACUCCUCCGACGCCGUGCCGAUCAGAGACGACGAGAUCACAAGGGACGUAUUCCUUUAGACAUCGCCGUGGAUAUGCAAAAUGGAGAUAUCGUUACUUUGUUACGGUUGCAACGUCUUCACGAUGACGCUAAGGACUCGAAUCAAGUGAUGCCGGAUGAAACGGUAUCCGACGUUUUUCGUGAUUACAUCUCCCGUGCAUACUUUGUGGAAUCCGAAAGCGAAAGCAGUGAUCUCACCGUAGUCGAUAUGCGGCACACUACGAGUUCACCUUCAAUUAACAUGGAGUGCCCUUCUGUACAUUGUGUGACUCCCGAACCCUUAAACUCACCACCCAGUCACAACGUCUCAAUCACUCGUCAAACACGGUCCUCCACGUCACAGCACAAGUCGCCUACUGUGGCUGCCGACAGCAGGCGGCGUUUUCUUUCCCCAGGUCCUGAUCGCCCACCUCCUGAUUUGACAAAAGCGGCGGGCAAUUCUAGAAGCCGUACUCUAGAGAAACGGAGAGCAUAACCAUAGCACUGCUCUCGUUGCCCCAUGUAAAUAGCCUCAUUGUCUAACUUUCGGUGCAAUCCCUCAUUCCGAUGUUAUGGCGCUUCGGUUGCGAUUAUUUUCCCCCCGUUUCGCCAUGCAUGCUUCCCUACUUUUCUAAGUUAGCGUUUUUUUUCUUGGUGUAUUUUUUUCACUUGCAUUCCUACAUGAUUUUCUGCCAUGAAUAUGCCACAGAUUUGUGCACCUUCUCUUCCGAUUCCAUUCCCUGAUUUUUGUGAUUUCUUUCAAGACCACGUCAUUUCCGCACAUUUUUGUAAGUAUACUCGGAAUCUAUCCCUUUCGGGCUUCUCCUUCUUGC